AUGUCCUUCUUUUCUCGGGUGUUUCGGGGCAAGGAUGCCACUACGACAAAGAAGCAGGCCAAGCCUACCACGGCCCUGAACCCGACCCCUGCGAAACCCAAAUGGACCGAUGCGUGGCUGCGGACAGAGGUCGCGCCGGAAGAAGUCCAAGACCUUGUACGAGGGUGUGUGCAUGAGCUCAAGGCCCGAGCUCUUGACACCCCAUUCCUUCUCCUACCGUUCCGUCCUAGCUCCGAUCCCAGUGCAGCCCGCACGUUCAUUCGCAAUUACUUUAAUCAAUCUUUCGAUAAGGGCUCGCCGGUCAAUGGAGAUGUCUUGUCGCAGGAGCUCCGGCUCACAGAGCCAAUGGUUCUUUGCGGUGUGAUGAAAUGGUGCUGGAGCAGACUUCCUGGCGGUGUGGUCACUUGGGAGGCAUACGAGACCUUCAAGAUGGGCGAACAUGAUUCGGAUAUGGCCCGCGACGCUUUCUCGACUUUCAUUCCGAUCGGCGGCGAUUCCGAUGCACGCACCAAUAUUAUUCUGGACUUCUUCGACCUUUUGGCUGCCGUUGCGGCUCAUGGAAAAUCCAAUGGACUGGGAGGCCGCAAGCUUUCCCGAUACGCUGGAUGGUGGGCCUUUGAGCAUGUCGAUACAGGCAAUGGCUUCGAGGCCGCCUAUAAGAACUGGGCUGUUGCCGCCGAUGCGACAAGUCAUCUGUUCUUCGCCUACCUUCGUUCGUUGUCUCCCGAUGUCCCUCGCGGCGUGAGUGGCAUCUCCUCACUCCCCAUUUCUCUCCAAUCACUCGUUGAAGCAACCGAAUACCCUCCCGAAACCCCGACUUUGCUGCAAGUUACGACCACAAAGGUGGUGAUGAUCGUGGAGAAUGUUUCCCCGACGCCAUUUUCUUUGUUGCGACGCGCUAAGAACUUUGAAUACCGCGACGACGACUGGCACCUGCAGGAGUUUGCCAACUACGAAGACCCCGUCAGCGCAUUGACCGACGAGUGUCUCCGUGUUCUCAGAUGCAUCUCAUCUGCGAACCAAUCCAGCGUCUCGAGUACCAAGCAGUCAACCAGUUUGCGGGAUGCAUCCUGGUCUCGCUUCGAGGAUAUUGGAUUCGGUGGUUCGAUCGAUUCUGACCCGGAGGAUGAAGCCAAGGAAACUGCUCCGCCGGCGACUGCAAGGACUUCAAAGAGUGGAUCUGCCGGGGGCUUGCAAUCCGUUCCUCAGUCUGGAGGAGGUGACCUUGGCCGUCCUACCACCCCCUCAUGGGCAGACUUCAUGUCGUCCGGAUUCGCGGAUGAAAACAAAUUGAAGGGCCACGUAGGCCCUCUGCUCUUGCCUCCUGACAAGAUUCUGCCUCCCAUUGCCUCUGUACGUGGCAUGAGCUCUCAGUCGCACAAGCGCUCUUUGGAUAUCGAGCCGGAUCUCGAGCCUGCCGAGUUGGCGAGUAUCAACACCCUAGACAUGGACGACUCGUUCUGGUGGGUUUGGAUCAGCAGUCUGUCAGGUGAUGAGCCGGCCGCCCGCAAGGCUGUGUUUGGUCGAUGCGCGCUUCUGGAGACCCGCAUUCGGGAUACCAAAUGGCUGAUCCUUGAAGAGCAGAUCAAGGGCGCUGCCCCAGAACCUGAGGCUGGUGCUCAGAUUGUUGAGAAGAAGCGAUUCUUCAGCUUUGGUAGCCGCAAAGGUAAGCUCAACCGCCGCAAGUCGUCGGCCAAGAAGGUGCCCUCCUCGAUUGAGGAGUCGUACAAGCGGCCCAACAACCAGGCACCGCACAGCAAGACUAGCAUUGGACCCGAUCAGCACAAGCGAAUCCAGGCAGCUGCGGCCGCUCUGCAAAAGAAGCACCGCGAGCAAGAAGCGGAAGCGACAGAGAACCGUGCCACCCCGAAUAACAGCCGUUACUCCAAGACCAACUCUGUCAUGACCCUUCAGCCUGCUAUUGUGAACGAGGCCUCUCAGGCCAUGAAGUGGACUAAGAACUACGAUAAGGGUGCGUUCAGGGCGGCAUAUCUUAGUGACAACCGCGCUGGCACUGGUCAAGUUGAAGAACUCCAGGACACACCGGAACCGAUUUCAAAGGACCCCGAGGAGAAGCCUGCCACGCCGUUGGCACCUCUUCCAACCAACACUGGAAAGACUGGUCCAGCUCCAGUUCCCAAAGAAGCCGCUGCUGCUGCUGAAGCGCCAACUAAACCUGUCAAUGUCGCCACUCCUGCAGAAGAGAAGCCCACCACAAAGCCUGUGGUUGUCGAACAACCCACUGAGCGUCGUGACUCGGUGGACGAGGCGGGCAAGAAGCUGAAGAAGAAGACUGGCAAUUCCGCCUUUAAGAGCAUGUUUAGUGCCAAGAAGAAGCCCGAACAGCAACAGACUCCCGUGAAGAGCACUGAUGCCAAGGAAAUCUCCAAUGUGGCAGCUGCCCGUGCGGCCCUUGAGGCCAGGACGAAAGCAGCUCAGGAGUCCAGUCCCAUGAAGAAGAAGCCUGUCCCCAAGGCCGCCGUUGUCGCCGCUGCCCCCGUGGCUGCGGAGGCUGUAAAGCCCUCAACGCCCCAGCGUGUUGAACCGACCGUCAAGGAACCUGCGACCAAAAUCCCAACCCCGACCCAACCCUCUACUUCUCUGAAAGAGAACGGUGCGCCGCCCAAGACCAGACGCGCCGUCGAGUAUGAUGCCCUCUCGCGCGUUGGUACCAAUGAACGCGACGCGGCCGAUCAGGAGUUCUCCAAGUUCGACCAGGGUCCCCUGACUGACCAGCCUGCCUUCAUCCCCGAGGAUUCUCCUUCUCCCGUGGAGGUUGCACCUGCCGCACCGAAGACCGAGGUUCCCCAGACCCCGACUAACGGCAAUGGUGUCCGCCCUGAGACCGCCACUUCGCCUGAGUCAAGCGAAGCUACGCAGGAUCGCUGGAAGGCCAUCCGCGAGGCUGCUGCCCAACGGGCUGCCGCUGCCCAGGAGGAACAGGCACACGAGCACGAGGCCGAGAACACCCGGACUAGCCAGUCAGAGCGCACUGACGAGGGAGAUACCAGCGGAGAAGAAACUAUCGAAGCCCGUGUCGCCCGCAUCAAGGCCCGAGUAGCCGAGUUGACCGGCAACGUCGAGGAUGGACAAAGGCGCUAG